UGCACAGCUGAGGAGCGCAGAAGAUGAAGUCCUGACUCCAGGUGAUCCAGGUGUGCUGAUUGACUGAAGUUGUUGGCUAACCUCAGUGACAUUCAUGCUAACUCUUCUGACCUGACAUCAACACUCCACCUGUUCCUGACUUCAGAAGAAGUGACAACAGACACUGUGUUGAACUUGUAUCAGUGAGUGGAUGGUGGCAGUUUUGGUGACAGAGGAAACCACCUAUGGAUGUGUAAACCAGUGACAACAACGACGACAACAACACAAAGACAAACUUGGUGCCAUUCUGGAAACAUUCAAUCCACAAGGGAGGACCCGUUCAUGCAUGUCACCCCCAGCACACAUGAGAAGGUCACCAGCACGUGAAUAUGAGUUUCCCUGAGAGCUUGAAUGAGAUAUUGAGAAAGUAGUGCUGGAAGCCGCAGUGCUGAGCUCCCCGCAGAGGACACAGCUCCGAGCUCAGACACGCAGUGAAUAGAGAGUGUCCCCCCCUCCUCUGCGUCCAGCUGUGGGCACCUACCUCAGCGCGUGGGAGCAUGUCCAGCCCGGUUUGCUGCAGAGACGUGGACCGAGAGAGGUGCAGCAGCAGCAGCAGCAACAGCAGCCAGGACCAGGACGACGACGCGCCGGGACACCUGCCACCCGAGGAACGGCGACGUGACCGGCGGGAGGAGCCGAGGAGGAGAGCGCGAUGCGGAUUCUGCUGCUCCUGGAUGAAGAGACGACAGAGGAGUGAGGUCUGACAGCAGGGAGACUCUGCUCAGAGGAGGGAGGUCUACUCUGCUCAGAGGAGUCAGGUCUGACAGAGAGACUCUGGUCUAACAGGGAGACUCUGGUCACAGACUGACCUCCACAUCCCCGGCUGUGGAUGAUGCGCUGUGUGAGGGUUUCCUCACGUUAACAUCAAGCAGAGCUCAUUCAUGUGCAUUUAAUUCAUAAAAAAAGAAUACAGCAGGGAGUCAGAGGUCACGGUCAUCUUUAGAACAGCGCCCCCCUCAGCUCACUGUGGGGUACUACACUGCUGAGAAGAGGCACCGUUAUGAGGCAGAUUUGAGAGUGCUGUUUCAGCCUGUUUCCUCCCUCCCUCUCUCCAUCCCUCAGAUUCCUUCAGUCCAGCCUCUCAUGAUGCAUUAACUUCAGAGGCCAUUAACCACUCGCUGUAAAACACAUCGGACCCUCCUAAUGGCGGCCUGGUCACCAGCGUCCCCUGAUAUCUGAGCACACCAAGGUUAGAGGAGGACGUCCGGGCGCUGGGACUGUGGGAGCAGAGAUAUGCUUACAGAGCACAUUUCCUUCCUCUCCGUCAUGCCAAGACGCUCUCUCUCCGUGUGGGCCAUCCAUCUUCAUACAGAGAGGGGACAGAGACCUUCAACUCCCAACACACACCACCAGAGGUGACGAGCAUCCGUCAGAAACAGGCCGGCGCUCCAUCAGCUGUUCUGUCAGAUGAGAGGAGGAUGGCAGUGUCACAUCACAGCUGGACAGAGACAGAGAUAAGUGCUGACGGUCGCCUGUCACUCCUCGGCGGUGUCCCAGUCCACAGAGGAGGUGUGUGUUAGAGUCUGGCUGCAUGCAUACGUGGCUACGUGUGUGUGAAGUGGUCACACACACACACACAAACAAACACACUGACAGAGGUCUCUGUGUGAAGCUGGAGGUGUCAGUGAGUCAUGGCGCUCUUUCACCGCUUGUUGCUCUUGUCCUGUUUGGUGCCGCUCACGCUGAGCUCGCCUUUCUUCCCUCCGACGUGUUACUCCAAGGUGCUGAGCAUGGCCCGGGAGCUCACCGGGUGGGCUGCACACCUGAAGAGGGACUAUGAGACGGGUUACUGCAUGGCCCACAUGCCAGAUCUCUACCUUGAUGUCCACAACGCGUGCGUGAUGCAGAAAAUCAGGAUCUACAUCUCCCUGGUGGAAGAGAUGAGACAGAGACGCUGCGCCUACACCAGAGAAGUGAGGAAGUUCGGGGGAACUCUGAGGCAGCUCUUCAUCUUCAUGUCCGAGAAAUGUCACGGGGAGUUGGUGUUCACCAGCUACGACUGUGCGGCGUUGGAGCGCUGACAUGAUGGAUCAACAUUACAGUCCUAAAAGAGACAGUCAUUUUUUUAUAUAACCAAAUAUAUCCUUUGUUUCAUGACUGGGAGGAUGUUUCAUAUAAAUAAACAUAUUAAAAAGCU